CUCAUGGGUCCUGCGCUGAUGAGCGUGCUGGGAGACAUCUGCAGCUUCCACGCAAGCGGCAACAAGAGUGCGCUGAAGGUCGUCUCUCUUGCAACGGAAGUGACGGAGCAGCCGAUAACAAGCGUCAAGUGGGCAAUCGUGACGCUUCCCGGAGUGCUACUGGCACUGGCUACCUGCAGCACGGCGGUCUGGCUUCUUUACGUCAGGCCACACGAACCGGCGCCCAUGGCUGCAGAAAACCUGGCCGUCAUAAGGGCUGCUCAACAGAAGCGCGCCCGCCAAAGCAAACAAAGGGGCGUUCGCUACGCUUGCGCUGCGUACGUGGCCAUCUUCAGCUUCGUGUACGCGCUGUCGCUUCUGCUCGGUUUGACUGAAAGGAUGGCCCUGCUGACAGCGCUGACGUCGAUGAUGCUGGUGACGAGCCUGCUGACGUCGUUCCUGCAGGCGGCCUUCGACUUCGUGCGACACAUCUGGCGGAUGAUGCCGUGGGGCGUGCUCUUACUACUGGGUGCCACGCACGUUGCCUCCGAGCUGCUGCAGGUAUACCCUGUGUCUCAACUAACGCUGACCAAGCGUGUUAAUUUAGUUAGUAGGCGAAUGUUUACAAGUUAAUACGGCCGUUAAACUAUUAUCCUUAUUUGCAUAGCU